AUGGCAAUUGAAGGUUCCCCCAAAAGUCAAAAACUUUUUGUGGAGAGCCGUUACAGCCAUGUCCUCAUCUCUUGCCCAUUUGCAUUUGAUUGCUUGAGCCAAUGUGCAACUCCAGUAGUUUUUGAUCCUGGCGGAUCUUUCGGUAAUUGGUUGGAGACCAUCUUUAAGCAAGCUGAAGCUGAUAUGAUUUGUCUUAUUGCCAUGUAUAGCUGGGCAAUCCGGAAGGCUAGGAACAAGGUUGUUUGGAAAAAGAAACAAUCCUCUGUUAAUGACGUGCUUACUUCUGCACAAGUAGCUCUUGAUCACUGGAAUAAAGCUCAGGAUAAAAUUUCGUUGUCAUCAAUCUGUCUGGAAAACAUCGGUGAUGGCGCUGAGUCAUGGACUAAACCUGUAGAAAACACUAUCAAGAUUAAUGUAGAUGCAUCACUCUUUGAUAGCGACAAUAAGUAUGGUUUCGGAAUUGUUGCCCGAAACUAUCUUGGUCACCUUGUUGCAGCACGGGUCGGUUGCCAUCACUACAAGAAAUGUCACUUUUACUAG